AUGACAGCACUGCAGCCGUUUAGUGACGAACAAUUAAAUUUCUUUAAGUUCUCGUCCUUAGUGUUGAAUGAAUUCCCCAAAGCCUUACGGCAGACCUUUAAAACUAUGUGGGACAACACCUAUGGACAUCGCCCUGGUUUCCAGCUCUGGGAUGAUUUCACUGCUGUCAGAAAUAUGUUUGACUCUGAAGAAGCAAAAAGUGGCAAGAAGACUAAAGUUCCUGUUCUCCAGUCUUACAAUGAAUGGGAUUGUACCAACCUGUUCCAGGCUACUAUAUUUGCGUGGUCUUUUGCCUUGCCAGCCAGUACACGCCCCUUCGCCACACUAAGUGAUUUGUACGUGAAACCCUGUGCAGUACCUUAUGGUAGUUUCCACGCAUGUGUGGUCAGCCCGGGUGGAAACAUGACGGAGACCGUUGCACUUGCGAUUGAUCAGCUUCGUCUUCUUAGAAAUUCCCUUUGUCACUCCACCAGCAGUGAGAUGGACAAAUUGACGUUUGACCAGCGCGUGAAUUGCACCAGAGAUGCGUUUCAAGCCCUUGGUGUCUCGACAGCACCAAUUGACGCACUUGCUAUUUUGGCGGAGUCAGACUUUCCCACAAAUGAAGUUCGAAAAUUGGAAGCAAGAAUACUAAACGAGACUCGGGCGUACAACAAAAGUCUCGAGGACUUCAGAGAAGGUCUGGAGAGUUUAAAAAAACAAGUCGAAGUGGAUAAUGCCAACAAAGACGACAUUGCUAGAUUGGAAAAAAAGAUUGAUGAAUUGAAAGUAGGAAGAGACGAACAAGAUAAUCUACCUGGCAAUUCAGGUAAGAUUUUGAGAAACUGUUAAGCCAAUUACGGUAUGGACAAAUAGUAAGCAAAUUACAGGACUGGUUAAUUGAGCCAGUUCCAUUUACAAAUAAGCAAAAUUAAAGCCUAUUAAGUUUUCCUUUUUCAUCACAAGCCUUCAGAUUGUAAGGUAAUUAAAAAAGGUAGCAGUCUUAGCCGCGGAGAGUAAACUUUUUUCCCAGUUAGGUCUAGUCUCCUGUAGCUCAGUGACGGAGCAUCUGUUUACUCUUUUGACUCCUGUUGGGAAGUUCUCAGAUUCUUUCUGUUGAGCGGGCUGCCAAACACUGCCUGAAGAACAUCUUUCUCAAGGUUUUGUUAUGUAUGUAAGCUUCCUUUAUAUAAACAGAUGAAGGAAUGACCUUGGAUCGACGUCAUAACCAAACUCUUUUCCUUAAUCAUCAGGUUGCGUAUAAAUAUAAAAUUUAGCGAUUUGAAUUCACUGCAAAAAUAUCAUUUUUGCAUUGAAUGACGGGUCAAAUUUGACUUAUUUAUAUAUUUAUUUUUGAAGAUUUUAACUGAUUUCUUUUUCACUUUUGGUCUUUUCUCAUUAUAAAAGAUACGAGACCAUCGCUCUCAAGAGCCUACCUUCCUUCAAUGGUUCCCAAUUUCACUGGGCGACAGAGCGAAGUUGAAGAGAUCAUCGGACAUGUCACUUCCGAAUCCACCCGACUUGUGUCGAUCUGGGGUUCACCUGGAUUCGGAAAAACGUCGGUUGCAAUUGCAGUGGGACACGCUCUUCAGACUCAAGGGCUGCCUGCGUACUGGGUUUCAUUGCGAGGACUUCAGUCAAAGGCGGAUCUGACUUCAAAGAUUCUUAGCCUUCUAAGGCAACCAACCAUUAAUAAUCAACCGUCCGAUCAGCGUCUGUCCCAUGAUGAUGAGAUUUGCCAACUAUUCAAUAAAAUAUCAAAACAGUCUGUAUUUAUUCUUGAUAAUGCCGAUGAUUUGUUAGAAAGUGGUUGGCCAAAUGUGAAGAAACAAGUCAUCCAACUUCUUGAAGAAAUACUCAGACAAAACCCAAGGGUGACAUGCAUUGUAACCACGAGAGAGUCUUUUGAGUUUAUGGACAUUCAUUUUCAAGGCCAUCAAGGCUUGAGAGUCAGAACAUUGGAUAAAGCCUCUACAAAGUCCUUAAUUUGUGAGUUACUUCCAAAUGCGAGCUCUGCAGAUUGCAUAGAGGUCGCGCAUAUCUGCGGACAAGUUCCUUUGGCCAUAAAAUUAAUGUGUUCUUUGAUUUCUGAAGAUAAUUCUUCACCAAGCCAUUUUCUAGAUGAUUUCAAGGCGUCCUCUACAGAAAGUAUCGCGAGCAUGUUGGACAUAUUUGACUCCUCUUUCCAGAGACUAACUGCACAAGAACGAGAAGCACUAAUUUCUUUAAGCAUUCUCCCUGAAAACUUCACUACUAAGGUCGCCGCGGCCGUUUUAGACACUAAAAGUGGUUUUAAAGCCAAACGAAUGCUACAAAACCUUCGGAGGAAGUCACUGAUUGAUUCAGGCUCUAAACCCGGGACCUUCACGAUGCACAAACUGUUGCAGUCAUUUUCAAAAGAGAAAGGGGACACUGAGAUGAACAAGACAAUUCUCAAUGCAAAGGGUCGUUUGAAUGCAUUCUAUGUCUCGUACUUUGAUAAACUAAAUAAACAAUUUCUCACCGGGCAUUCCAUGCAUGCAUAUAUUGCAUUUUAUGAGGAUAAGGAGAGCAUUGUUCAAAGCCUAGUAGACGGAUGUUUUGACUCCAAAACAGCUGACACUGUCUUUGACAUAUUGGUCAAGGGGGAGUUUUUUCUUGACUCGCUUUUUUGGACCGCGAGUGAAGCGAAAACCUUUCAUCACAUAUACGAUGGCGCCAUAAAAGCAGCCAAUCUGCAUGGAAAUGAAAAAUACCACAGGCAGCUGCUUUCUUCUAAAGCUUUCAGUCAAGUCACCUGGGGACGAGUAGGACAGACGAAUCAUCUUCUCUCUGAAGUGAAAGAUCUGCAAGCAGCAUCGUCCCUAGUUUCUAAUCAAGAAAAAGGCAAAUGCUUCUGCUAUUUAGGAAUCUGUUACCUUACUGCAGAAAAAACGAAGAGUGGAGUCCACUGCCUACAGCAGGCGCUUUCAUCACUGGAUACUUGCAACGACCAAGAGUCGUUAUUUCUAAAGUUUCUUAUUCUUCAGAUCCUCGUUUGUUAUUAUCAGUCCCUAAAUGACUUCUACAAUGCAAGUUACUACUAUGACAAAUCACUACAUCUGUCCUCUGCAGUAGGAGAUUGCAAGCUGCUUAUUAUUCCGCCAAUGAAAAGCAAAUCACAAAAAACUACCGAUGAAAUGCAGUUUGAAAAGGAGUCAAACAUUUUGCUGAAUCAACCUUUCGAAUUCCAAUUUGUCUUUCUCUUAAGUGAAGCGACAAAGUCUUUCGCUCACACUAAAACCAAACAAAAUACAAACGACCUGGUUCUUCAAAUGUUAGAGUGUGUCGAAAAAGAUGUUACACCUUCAAUUGGUUUGCUAUAUUUUCACACAGCUGUGGAAAACCUGCUGUGGGAUUUGAAUAGUGAAGACCCUGAAAAACUAUUUUGGUCAAGAGUAAAUUAUCAUGAAAAAACAAUCAAGCAAUGGAAAGAAACUUUCCUAAAUAGUCACGACUUUGGCGGUUAUGGUCAAAUACAAAUUGAAGCGCUUGUGGACUGCCACUUAAACCUGGGUAGAGUUUACAAGAAUAGAGGAAACCACUCAGAAGCUCUUCAGUCAAUCAAGAGAGCGCUGGACACAGCAACAAGGUCCUUAGGAGAACAACAUGAGAGGACUUCCGUCGCCUACAGGGAACUUGGUGUAACACAAAACAACAUGCAUGACUACAGUGCAGCUCCGCAAUCUCACCAGCGUGCAUUAACUAUCCGUCUUAAAAUAUUUGGAGAGGACCAUGAAAGCACUGCUGACAGCUACAUGGCACUUGGUGUAGCACAAAACAACAUGCAAGACUACAGUGCAGCUCUGCAAUCUCACCAGCGUGCAUUAACUAUCCGUCUUAAACUAUUUGGAGACGACCAUAAAAGCACUGCUGACAGCUACUGGCAACUCGGUGUAACACAAAACAACAUGCAUGACUACAGUGCAGCUCUGCAAUCUCACCAGCGUGCAUUAACUAUCCGUCUUAAAAUAUUUGGAGAGGACCAUGAAAGCACUGCUGACAGCUACAGGGCACUUGGUGUAGCACAAAACAACGUGCAUGACUACAGCGCAGCUCUACAAACUCACCAGUGUGAAUUAGCUAUCCGUCUUAAACUAUUUGGAGAGGAACAUAAAAGCACUGCUUACAGCUACAGGCAAGUCAAGAUCAGUCAAGACGCCCUG